CAAUCCGAUUCAGUAAGUCGAUUCAGUAAGUCAGUCGGUCAGUCCGCUGCUUCCGCUGCUGGCUGCAUUUUGGUGGGGUUGAGCGUGUGGCAUCGGCAAGAUGAUUUCACAUAGCCUUCGGCAAUGUGUUUUCUCUACACCAAAGUCACUUCUCUCCAUUUCUGCUAGAUGCUUUUCUAAAGAAAUGGCACAAAAAGCACCAGGGAAGCUUCUGGACGUUCUAGGCUACCGUAUACACUUUGAAACAGUCGGAAACGGACCCAAGGUACUCGUUUUACUGCCGGGAGCCAUCGGAUCUACACGGACAGACUUUAGUCCCCAGCUAGAGAAAUUGGACAGGAAGCAGUUCACACUAGUGGCCUGGGAUCCACCAGGCUAUGGAUUCAGCCGGCCGCCGGAAAGGACUUUUCCUGUGGACUUCUACCACCGAGAUGCCAGGGUGGUGGCACAGCUCAUGAAGCAACUGGGCCAUAAGAAAUACAACGUGCUGGGUUGGAGUGACGGAGCCAACACAGGAAUGAUCCUUGCAGCCACGUACCCCGAGCGCAUCGAGAAGCUCGUCGCUUUUGGAGGGAAUUCUUACAUUGAAGACAUCGAUGUGCAGUUAUUGGAAGCCACCAGGAAUGUGGAGCAGUGGAGCAAACGUAUGCGGGAGCCAAUGGAGGCUCUCUACGGACCCGAGCGCUUUCAAAAACUCUGGUGGGACUACUGCGACUUCUACAAGCGUCUACUGCACAACCAGGGCGGAGACGUGUGCAGAGCCGAGCUAGCUAAAAUUCGCUGCCCAACCCUCAUCGUGCAUGGAGGAAAAGACCCCCUCGUGACGCCGGAACAUCCUGCCUACUUGCUCCGCCACAUUGCCCUAUCCAAGUUGUGUGUUAUACCAGAAGGAAAGCACAAUCUCCACUUGAAGUUUCCGGAAGACUUCAACAAGCUCGUGACCGACUUCAUCCUUGGCUGAUGUAUGCAUUUUAAUGUGAGGCUUGUGCCGUUUUGUUGGGAAUUACCGUAAUUACUCACAUAAUGAACGCACUCUUUUUUUCCGAAAAAUUUACACAUACUUGGGGGAUGCGUUAAUUAUGCGGGGUAAAAUUUUUGCAUUUACACACUUCGUGCAAAUGUCAUAUUAUGUGCCAAUAUGACGUGGCAAGGCACUGUGGCACGUCUCCACUGAUGGAGGCGCACUCACGGCUGGUCGGGGGCGCGCCACAGUAACCAUGCUUUAUAAAUUUCGAACCCCUUUAGGGCGCUUUUGGCGUGCCUUUUGCCAAAGGAAAAGCGCCCUACGAAGCUCACUCAUCACAGAGAGCAACACAACCGUUUUUAGGCCUAACGACUUUCUUGAGUUAAAUGUCCAAAAGCUGACCACAGACGAUGGCGUGUUUGUUGACAUCAAUGCAUCCGAUAGGCAGAGAAUGUCUGGGGCUUGGCAAUUCCUCGACCUAAGCUUGGUCAAGUGUGCGCGCCGCUCGGUUUCACGGUUGACCACUUCCAGAACUACACACUUGCCACCAUUACGAGAGCGGCUUGGCUUGGCUUGACUUGGCCUGACCGCUAGGCAGCAAAAGAAAAUUGGCUUGGUGGGCUUGGUGACAAGCUAAGUUGGAUGCAGUUCGAGACUCGCGGAGCCAAAAAUUAGAGGUGCGUUUAUUACACGCGGUAAAAAAAAAAAGUAAAAAUAUUGGUACCCUUUGGGGGGUGGGGGGGGAGGGUUUAUUAUGCGAGUAAAUACAGUAUAUGAUAAACUGUUUUCGGUUCAAUAAAAGUGGAUAAGGUUGCGGUGUAUAUGGUGCCUAUUGCUGUAGUGCCUUUCAAGAACUUUGUCAGAAAAUAUGUAGUAUCAUUGUGCCAAUUAUGUUUAACAGAGAUUAUUUGCAUAGGAGUCAGUAGUUGCAGAUUAAAUAAAAGAUUGAUGUUUUACCAAA